AUGCGACCCCGUUUUCCUUCAGCAUUUUCCAUUUCAUCGAAACACACACACACACACACACCUCCAAAGCCACAGCCAACUCGCACACAGGCAUUACCCACACCUCCAAAGCCACAGCCAACUCGCACACAGGCAUUACCCACACCUCCAAAGCCACAGCCAACUCGCACACAGGCAUUACCCACACCUCCAAAGCCACAGCCAACUCGCACACAGGCAUUACCCACACCUCCAAAGCCACAGCCAACUCUCACACAGGCAUUACCCACACCUCCAAAGCCACAGCCAACUCUCACACAGGCAUUACCCACACCUCCAAAGCCACAGCCAACUCUCACACAGGCAUUACCCACACCUCCAAAGCCACAGCCAAUUCUCACACAGGCAUUACCCACACCUCCAAAGCCACAGCCAACUCUCACACAGGCAUUACCCACACCUCCAAAGCCACAGCCAAUUCUCACACAGGCAUUACCCACGCCUCCACUACCAACCUCCAAAACCACAGCCAACUCGCACACAGGCAUUACCCACGCCUCCACUACCAACCUCCAAAGCCACAGCCGACACACAGGCAUUGCCCAAGCCUCCAACACCAACCUCAAAACCACAGCCGACACAGGCAUUGCCCCUUUAUUGCCCAAGCCUCCAACACCAACCUCAAAACCCCAGCCGACAUACAGGCAUUGCCCUUUUAUUGCCCAAGCCUUCAACACCAACCUCAAAACCCCAGCCGACAUACAGGCAUUGUCCAAGCCUCCAACAUUAACCCACGAAACCACAAAUAGCACACGAAUUACCCACGCUUUCAAUACCAACUUCCGAAAUAAUUCAAGCGCUCAUUACCCACGCCGUCUGCUCUACCUCCCAUCCAUGGAUCUCGUAAAUAAGCACAUCGCUAACCCCAGCCACAGUCCAUAA